CAGAAAGGCUACAAAAUCAGACGAAAUGGUGUGCGUCGCGGCAGCUUACGAGUACAUUAAGUUGGAUUCCAAUAAUUCGGCAAUCUGACAGCAAUAUAUGAAAAAAGAUUGAAAAUGUUAAACGUUUAGCAAUAUAUGUAUGGCCGAAUAUCGCCACUCUAUUACAGCUAGACAGUACUCUAAGCGGGUGUUCGCCAACCAUCCUUUUUUGAUACUUUCAUCUUACGUGUUGUACUACCUAAUGGUGACAAUCAUGGCAUCGUCAUGCUUCGUCUUCACUUCUGGAGCUCUCUACGUGAUAACAUUGACAAGCUUCCAGUAUCUUCUUUUGGCAGAUUAUGUAGAUAGUCAGCUCACGAUACAACAUCAGACAAUCUAUUCGAUAAACAACGUACACUAUCAAGAGGAGAUUCAAAGAAACCUUCGGCAGUGCUGUAUAUAUCAAAAGAGAAUAGAUAUGGGCGUCGAAAGAAUCUUCAAAUAUAUGAGUCCCAUAAUGUUAACUGCUAUAGUGACUGGUGGAAUUAGCAUUUUGAUAGCAUUCUACAUCGUUAUUACGGGCAUUAAUCCACCGAACACGGGAUUCAAAAUGAAAUUCGGCGUUGUCGCUAUCAGCUACAUGCUUGUAACAUUCAUUGUUCUUGGACAGGGAUAUAGCAACGCGUCCAUGGAAGUCUACAACAGGUUGUGUGAAUGUUCCUGGUACUACUGGAACGUUCAAAACAGAAGAACAUAUUUAGUGAUGUUAGCCAACACUAAUGAACUAAAAAUUAAUGCCUUUGGGUUGCUUAGCGUAGAUUUCCCAUUCUUAGUUGAAAUAAGCAGAUUUUGGUACAACAUAUUAUGCUUUAUUAGUAAUUAUAGAUACACAUUGACAUUUGAAGGAGCUACCGUGAGCGGCACAUAAGAUUUUACGAUUGAAUUUAUUAACAAUAAAUAAUAUAUAGUUUGUGAUAUUAUAUUUUUAUAUGCCUCUAC